CCUCCAGUACAACAAAGCACUUGCCAAGAGCCGGAGACACUACGCCUCUCUGGAAACAGAGUAUCCAAGAGGCGAAAAGAGAAGGCAGAGGAAUCACAGGUAGAAGAUGGUGCUCCUCGUGUUGACAGGUGUGGUGGUUAGCGUGGUUUUGGUGAGCAGCCUGCUGCUGAGAUGGAAUGAGGUGAGGUACAACAGGAAGCAGGGCUUGCCCCCCGGCACAAUGGGGUGGCCUGUCUUCGGCGAGACCACCGAGUUCCUCAAGCAGGGACCAAGCUUCAUGAAGGCUAGGAGGCUUAGGUACGGGAGCUUGUUCCGGACCCACAUCCUGGGUUGCCCCACGGUAGUGUGCAUGGAUCCAGAGCUGAACCGGCACAUGCUGCAGAGCGAGAGCCGUGGCUUCGUUCCCGGAUACCCACAGUCGAUGCUGGACAUCCUCGGCAGGAACAACGUCGCCGCCGUGCACGGACCGCUUCAUCGUGCCAUGCGCGGCGCCAUGCUCGGCCUCGUCCGCCCCGCCAUGAUCCGGGACUGCCUCCUCCCCAAGAUCGACGCCUUCAUGCGCUCCCACCUCCACGGCUGGGCCGGCGCCGUCGUCGACAUCCAGGACAAGACCAAGGAGAUGGCAUUGCUAUCUGCACUGCGGCAAAUCGCUGGUAUCACUGCUGGCCCCCUCUCUGCCGCUCUCAAGACAGAGCUAUACACCCUUGUACUUGGCACGAUCUCCUUGCCCAUCAACCUUCCAGGAACAAGCUACUACCAAGGCUUCCAGGCAAGGAAGAAGCUUGUAUCCAUGCUAGAGCAGAUGAUUGCAGAACGGCGAACCUCUGAUCCUGCUCACAAUGACAUGCUGGAUGCUCUCUUGAGUGGCGAUCAUGGGACCAGGGAAAAGCUUAGUGAUGAGCAGAUCAUUGACUUGAUCAUCACCCUCAUUUACUCUGGCUAUGAAACCAUGUCGACGACUUCAAUGAUGGCGGUCAAAUACCUGUCAGACCAUCCGCAAGCUCUCAAAGAACUCAGGAAAGAGCAUAUUGAUAUUAGGAAGGGAAAGUCACCAGAGGAGGCUAUAUACUACAAGGAUUUGAAGUCCAUGACCUUCACUCGAGCUGUCAUUUUUGAGACGCUGAGAUUAGCUACAGUUGUGAAUGGGCUGCUGAGGAAAACUACUCAGGAUGUAGAAAUGAAUGGGUAUAUCAUUCCAAAAGGUUGGAGAAUUUAUGUUUACACAAGAGAGAUAAACUACGAUCCAUUCCUGUAUCCUGACCCUACUACCUUCAAUCCAUGGAGAUGGGAGGAGAAGAGCAUGGAAUCGCAUCCACACUUCAUGUUGUUCGGAGGAGGUGGCCGGAUGUGCCCGGGGAAGGAAGUAGGCAUAGCAGAAAUUGCAACUUUCCUCCACUAUUUCGUGACUCAGUACAGAUGGGAGGAAGAAGGCAAGAACACAAUUUUGACAUUCCCCCGGGUGGAAGCUGCCAACGGGCUACAUAUCCGUGUUCAUGAUUACUGAUCUUGCAACAUUUUGGAAAGUUUAGAUAGGACUGAAAUGGAGAUGAGAGUGCAGUUCUGAUGCUUCUGCCCUGACGAAAAGAUUAGAUCAGCCAUUCGGCGCAUGUAAGAAGUAGGAAACAUAGAGAUAUUGUCGGUAUAUAUGUUUACUAGGUAAUUGACGUAGAAGGGCACAAGAUGCUCCUGUUUUCCUUUGGUUGGUCAGUUCUUAAAGCGCAACAGAUGUAUCAUUUGGUUUCUAUACUCAAUAGAGACAUCUCCUGUCCAUUUUCAGAUUAAA